UUUGCUUGAUACCAGAUGCCAAUGCCAUAAUGUUAAGCCGAAAAUGAAAUUCCUGCGCAAAUAAUUUACACAAUUUUAUCUCGCACAGCGAUCUCUAGCAGCCUUAAAAAGGGCAGCGAUCUCCAACCUUACAGUUACCCCGUUACUUGUUUUACCCUCUUUCUGUGCAUGUUGUUCCGUAAUCCAGAUUUCAAUAUUUCAAGCCUUGGAAAAUGUUUGGAGGCAGUGUCACACAGGUCCUAAUAGACAGCGACAGGUACAACUACAAUUACUCCUGUUAUGAUUCUCCCAGUCCCAGACCCAAACGAGCGACCAAGACUCAGCGCGUACCCGUUGCCAGUCGUCCAGCUAAGGAAUGCAACAAACUGCCACAACUGAAGAACAGUUCGGGUUAUAAAGAACUGCGACACGUUGCCACCGCGCUCAUUGGCAUAAAAUUCCUCAUCGUGCCCUUGACCGUUACCACGACCGUCCUACUUCCGUAUGAAGAACUUUCUGCCCUUCACGUCUGCAACUAUAUCACUGCGUUUUUUCUACUCGUUGUGAUCACGAAAAUGUGGGGCAUUACCGGUAUGCGAACGGAGAAUCAAAAGGUCAUCGCCCGCCAUCUCCGCUGUCUGACCAUUCUAACGUUCUUCACACUCCUCCUAAUCACCGCGAUAACAAUGCAACUGCGCAGCGAUACCAACGGUGUCUUCAGUCAGGUCACCGGGGAUCUGCAGCGCGUACAGUCGUCGGCAUUAAUUCUACCGGAGGGCUACGCCGUGGCUGUGCAAUGGCUGGGUAGCGGACUGACCGGCUGUUAUGCCAAUGUGUAUCUGCUACUGCUCUUCAGUUUAAUUCUGACCACUACGCUGUGGAUCAACACUCUCACUAGUCUACCGGCUGGAGCGGAAAUGAAAAACGAACGCACUGAGGACCGAUCAGCGACGACCCCGACUGCAGCUCGCGAUGCUGCCGGCACACCUGGCCAAGGGCGCGUGGUCAAAACCAUUAGAUGCUGGCCAUUCUGUUUUGAAAUCGUGGUUAGGGAGUACUUCGAAUAACCACGAUUGCGACGUAAAAACUUCGUUUUAAUUAUCGGGUUGUAUCGAUGAAAUUGUUGUUCAGGUAGUCAUAUCCUUUUGGCAUAUCACUGUAACCUCGUACACAUCGAAACAGUUGUCUCAGCGCAGAGGUGGGCAUGACCUUUCUUGGUAUUGCAAGACUCCGGGGUCUGUUUUGAUUUUGAGAUGCCAUUGUAAACAAGAGAUA